CGCACCAAGCAUGUUAACUCAUUUCCGGUAAGAAUUGCUGAAGCGGAGAACAGACAGAUUUCUAGAUUUCCAUCCAAACAUUUUAUACAUUAAAUGGAACAAGACAGCUGUCAAACUCUUGAACGCGCCAAUGUUGAGUUUAAAAAACGUAAUUUCAAACAGGCAGAAGAGCUAUAUACAAAGUUCCUCGCAUCAUGUUGGCAAACAAGAAAAUGUGAUGCCAGUGACCUUGCUACUGCUCUCAACAACCGUGGGCAGAUAAAGUACUUCAGGGUGGAUUUUCGUGAAGCAAUGGAGGACUACACUUCUGCAAUUGAGGCCAACUGCCAGUUCGAAGUACCAUUCUACAACAGAGGACUAAUACAUUAUAGAUUAGGUUUUUUCCAAGAUGCAGAGAUGGACUUCAAGAGGGCCCUAGAACUCAACCCUAACUUUGAAGAUGCCAAAGUGAGCUUACAGCAAACAUUGUUGGACCAAGAGCACAAGAUCAAUAGGGGAUAUUGAGAAUGUAUUAGGUCUGCCCUUAUCUUCAGUCAUCAAUCCAAUCUCAACAAAGUAGUUGCCAGUAUGUCUGCAAUUUGUAUAAGCACAAAAAUGUGUCCAUGUAUGAUACUGAUGUUUUAAGAAUGUUUUUCUUGAUAUGUAAAUUCACACCAUACCCAUACUUAGCUAAGAAUUUAACUCCAGUGUUUGACAACAAUGAACUCCGAUGCACUCAUACUAAUGAAGAUGAUAAUGAUGUAAUGUGUACAACACAUGUUUUUUUUAUGCAAAUAAAUUAUUCUGUGAUAUAAUUUGAUGCAAACCAUAA